UUUCCACAAAAAAAAAACCCCUUUUCUCUCAAGAUUUCUUGAUUCUACUCCUCCAGAAUGUGUCAAAAGAAAGCAGAAAUUUGGGUAAUGUGAGAUUAUGGUUUCUUGUGAGAUUUCUCAUGAAGAAGAUAAGAUUGUCUUCAAAUUCUCAUCACCAAUCCACAAGAUUUCAAGAACAUGGUGAUGGUGAUGGUGAUGGUGAUGGUGCUGUUUAUCAAAGACAAUUGCAACAACUCUUCAGUUUACAUGAUGCUGGCUUAGAUCAAUCCUCCAUUGAUGCUCUACCAGUCUUUGUUUAUAAAGAAUUAGUGGGGUUAAAAGAGCCUCUUCAUUGUGCUGUUUGCCUUUGUGAAUUCUUGGAACAAGACCAUCUGAGAUUACUUCCUGUUUGCAGCCAUGCCUUCCACAUUCAUUGCAUUGACACUUGGCUGCUCUCAAAUUCAACUUGCCCUUUAUGCAGAGGAAACCUUUUCACACCUGGGUUUUCUGUCAUAAAUCCAGUCUUUGACUUUGACUUUGACCAGUCAAGGGAAGAAUUAGAAGAUGGUCAUGGGGUUUCCAGUUCAGAGAACACUACCCAUGAUGGGGUUUUUGGUAAUUUCAACAAGCUAUCUGAAAGAGUGUAUUCAGUUAGAUUAGGGAAGUUUAGAGCCAUGGAUAGUGAGAAAGGAGAAGAGGUGGGACCGAGUAGUAGCAAUGGGAAUCUUGAUGAAAGAAGGUGCUACUCAAUGGGAUCUUAUGAGUAUGUGGUGGGAAAGUCAGAAUUACAACUACAAGUGGCAUUUUGGUCAAACGGUAUUAGAAAUGAAAGAGAGAAGGUGAAUAGCUCCAUUGGUGAGGGUAGAAAUGGAAAAGAAAUUGGCAAUGGAAGUAAAGGUGAGAGCUUUUCUGUUUCCAAGAUUUGGCUUUGGUCCAAGAAACAUCAUCAUAAAUUUCAAGAUUCUUCAAUACCCAUAUGGGCAAAUCCCAUCUCAAUGUAAAUUUACCAUAAUAGCCAAAAUAUAU